AUGCCCCCGAAAAAGAAGGGAAAGAAGAGUGGAAAGAAGAAGAAGAGUGGUAAAAGGAGUGCCAAAAAGUCACCUUCUGCAGCACCAUCGAGUGAUGUGCUCAAUGAACUUUCGAAGGAAUAUUUUCUUAUACAGAUACGAGAUUUAGAAGAAAGGUUAGUUCGCUAUCAGAAAAAAUGCGACGAGCUUGAAAUUGCUAAUCAGGAUUACAGAUCACAGUAUGAGCAACAAACGACGGAUAAAAAGGAAAUUGUGUCGUUUUUGAAGAAACAGUUGGAACAAAGAGCGGACGAAAUUGCUGAUCUUCAAGAUCGUUUGAUAGGAUUACAGCAGGCCAAGGAUGGAGAGAAGGAUCAGUACGAAGUACAACUGGCGACUUUAAGAACUGAAAUGCAGGAAAUCAAGGACCAGUUAACUUCAGAGAAUAUGGUUCUGGGCGGAAAGUUAGCCUCUUUAGAAGAAUUCCGUGUUCAAAAAGAAGAUUUGAUGGCAAAGUUUGCGAAGAUGGAGGAGGAAUUGGAAAAACAACAAAAGGAUCAUAAAGAGGUUAUUUACAAUCUGGAGAGGAAGGCCGUCGUGGACAAAGAUAGGUUGAAGAAAGAGAUGGUACUGAGACUGAAUCAAGUAGCUGCUGAAUUUAGAAAAGUAUCAAACAAACAGAUGGCUGAGACAACCAAAAGAACCAUUAGAGAGAAUGUCUCUAUCAAUGCUCAGCUGGCCAAAAUGUCUGAUAAAACUAUGGAACUUAUCCAGGAAAAUGAUGAGCUUAGAACGAAGGAGAAGAAAAUGAAAAUGCAGGUUGACAUGCUGGAACAUAAUGAGAAAGAGCUUGCUAAGAAGAACAGUAGUAAUCAAAAGAUAAUCCGUAUGUUGGCAGAGAAAGCUAAGCAGCAAGAAGAGAUGUUACUUGAAUAUGAUGAGAGUGAGGCAAACAAAAAAGACUUGGAGAGUGAACUUGAUCUGCUGAGAGCUCAGGUUGACAGUAUGAAGGAUGAACUUAAAAGCACAACAGAGAAAAAAGAGUCCUUAGAGAGUGAACUUGCAAAAGUUACAAAGGACAGAGACCUGUCCAUGAAGAAGAAAGAUGAACUGACUGGAAUUUUGUCUCAAGCAGCACAAGCUCUUAGAUCUUCAUUAGUGGCACCCACUGUUGUCAAUGGAAAGCCUGAUGAAGCAGAAGCCAUCUCUCAACGCGAGAACCUUGUUCAAACACUGCUAGGAAUUUUGAAUGAUGCAGUUACAUUUGGUGUGGGACCCAGUGCCAAAGAUUUUAUGCCACCACGUAAGACUAGUGGAUACUCAAGCCCAAGCCCUGAUAUAGGACGACACAUUCAUAGAAAAAAGGAGACACUCCCCUCUAAGGCCCAGGCUGUGGCAGCAGCAGUGAAUCGUCCACUUCCUCAUUACAAGCUAGGUGAUUUGGGAAUAGUUCCCAGGUCUCAUCCAAAGCUUGGAGAAAGGCCUGGGGUCUCUUCGCCAUUGGCUCCUAUCAGUCGGCAGACUAGAAGUGUUGGUGUACAAACAGUCAGUGCACAAAAAGCCAUGUUCUUCGCUGAUCAGCUUCUUUCAAAACGGAGCCCUACCUCGUCUGGUCAUUCUUUGUCACAUGACUAUAAGUCACCAAUCAGAACAGAGCUACCUGUUGGCGCUGGGUCACGUGGUAGAAUACCUUGACGCGGCUGUAUUGACUCUAGAUUUGCAGGAUUUUUAACUGUUUUCCCGAUAGAGAUCAUUCAAGCCACAUAUAGGAUCUGUAGUGCUGUGUUGUUCAAAUCUUUCCUUAACCCUGCUAUUAGAGGGGACUUCCCAGUCCAAAUGAUAAUGAAAUGAACGUCCUUUUGUCUACGUGGACUUGCUACAUGCAGCCAUAGUCUCUCAUUUUCCACGCGUGGAAACUUUUUACCACAAUGAACGAUUUUGUCCUUGUAGUUGCCGAGUAACACAUUCUUAGCAAGCUUAGAUUUUUAUCCUAUGAUAACAGUCCGGAUUGAAUCCUGUUGUUUGCAGUGUAUUUGUUUUGUGUGUAGAUGCUAGACACGUGGAUUGUGUAAAUAUAUCCUUAGAGUGCAAUAAACACCGUAAUUUUGACAAA